AUGGCACCUUCAAGAGCACUGGCAACGACAGCCAGGGCAACCCUACACACCUCACGCCAGACCCCAUUCUCCCCGAUACAGAAACGCUACAUCUCAGCCUACGGCUACGAACAAGCCAAAUGCCUAACGCUCUCGAAAUUCGGCGAACCAAAAGACGUCCUCAAGCUCCACGGCCACAGCAUCUCACCCCCAAGCCGCGACCUCUUAACCCUAAAAUUCCUCGCCUCUCCCAUCAACCCUGCAGAUAUCAACCAAAUCCAAGGUGUCUACCCAACAAAACCCACAUGGACCACUGCCUUAGGGACUCCCGAGCCCAUCGCCGUAGGAGGCAAUGAAGGCGUCGCAGAAGUCCUCAGCGUGGGAGGGCAAGUCAAGGGGAUUGAGAAGGGAGACUGGGUCAUUCUGAAGAAACAGGGGUUCGGGACUUGGAGGACACAUGCGCAGACUACGGCGGAGAAUUUACUUGUGAUUAAAGAUAAAGAGGGUUUGAAACCUGAGCAGGUUGGCACUGUCAGUGUCAAUCCUUGCACUGCGUAUCGAAUGCUCAAGGAUUUUGUGGAUUUGAAGGAGGGAGAUUGGUUUUUGCAGAACGGUGCGAAUUCCGGGGUGGGGAGAGCUGCGAUUCAGUUGGGGAGGUUGUGGGGGUAUAAGAGUUUGAAUGUUGUGAGGAAGAGGGAGAGUGGACAUGAGGAGCUUAUGAGGGAUUUGAAGGGUUUGGGUGCGGAUGUUGUGGUUACGGAUGAGGAGGUGAGAGGGAAGGGGUUUAGGGAUCUAGUGAAGGAGUUUACGAAUGGUGGGAGAGAGAAGAUACGCUUGGGAUUGAAUUGUGUGGGUGGGAAGCUGGUGAAUGACAUGGCGAAACAUCUUGCGCCUGGGAGUAAGAUGGUUACGUAUGGUGCCAUGAGCAAGCAGCCGGUCGAGUUGCCCAUGGGUUUGCUCAUUUUCAAGGAUGUCAGCUUUCACGGGUUCUGGGUCAGUAGGUGGAGUGAGGGCAAUCCGGAGGCAAAGGAGGCUUGCGUGAAAGAGAUUUUGGACUUGACAAGGCAGGGCAAGUUCCAGGAUGUGCCGUUCGAUGCAGUCAAGUGGGAUCGAAGCACGGCGCAGGAGGAAUUGGUGGACGCUGUACAAGGUACGCUUGAAGGAUACCGGAGUGGAAAAGGCAUAUUCAUGUUUGGAGAUACGUGA